AUGAUCAAUCAUGCCUCCCGCUUUGCGCUCAACACGUUACGACCAGUCUUGAAGCGUGGAAGACAUUGGAAAAGAAGGCCUCUCGCGCUUAGGAGGUAUGCAUCAGUCACAAACCACCACAAUCUUCCGAAGGCCGGAGAGGUGAUAAAUGGAUUCACUCUGGAGAGGAUCCAGAAGGUACCAGAGCUGCAUCUCACGGCUCUGCAACUGCAACACAACAAGACAGGGGCUCAGUAUCUUCACGUGGCCAGAGAAGACAAGAACAACGUCUUCGCUAUCAACUUCAAGACCAAUCCCAACGAUGAUACGGGAUUACCUCAUAUUCUGGAGCACGUGACGCUUUGUGGUAGCGAGAACUAUCCAGUCCGGGAUCCCUUCUUCAAGAUGGUGCCUAGAUCACUCGCUAAUUUCAUGAAUGCCUUUACCUCAGCUGAUUACACCUCGUAUCCAUUUUCUACCACAAAUAAGCAAGACUACCGCAAUUUGUCUUCUGUGUACCUCGAUUCUACACUUAGACCUUUGUUGAAAAAGUCGGACUUCUUGCAGGAAGGAUGGCGAUUAGGGCCUGAAAAUCCCCGAGCAGCAUCGUCACACGAUGAUAUUGUGUUCAAAGGUGUUGUGUAUAACGAGAUGAAAGGUCAGAUGUCAGAUGCAAGCUAUUUGUAUUACGUUCGUUUUCGGGAUCAUCUAUUUCCAGCCAUACACAAUUCAGGGGGGGAUCCUGAUAAGAUGACUGAACUUACUUAUGAGGAGCUUGUAGAAUUCUCUCGUCGGCAUUACCAUCCCAGCAAUGCAAGGUUCUUCUCCUAUGGCGACCUUGACCUUUCGGAACAACUCAAGCUGGUCGAUUUCACUCUACAAGGAUUUGAGAAACGUGAAGUCGACCAAGAGGUCAGAACCCCGCGAGAUCUAAGCGGAGGUCCUAUUUCUGUAACGAUUCCUGGCCCCCUGGAUCCCAUGCAAGCAUCUGGUCGGCAGAGCAAAUCAUCGGUGUCUUGGCUCAUUUGCGAGACUUCUGAUAUCCUCGAGACAUUUUCCUUCAGCAUUCUCUCGUCAUUGUUGAUGAGUGGAUAUGGCUCGCCAUUAUAUCAAGGGCUGAUUCAAAGUGGAAUGGGCUCAAACUUCAGCCCGAAUACAGGAUUUGAUAGUUCUGGUCGCAUUGGAACUUAUUCUCUCGGACUGGAUGGCAUGACGAAGGAAGACGUUCCACGCUUGAAGCAUACAAUCCAUCAGAUUUUGCACCAGCAUGCUAGUGAAGCCUUUGCCGCACACAAGAUUGAAGGCUAUAUGCACCAAUUGGAAAUCGCGCUCAAGCACAAAACUGCGUCUUUUGGGAUGGGAUUGAUGGAUAAAGUCUUGCCGUCAUGGUUCAAUGGGGUUGAUCCAAUGGAGAGUCUGAAAUGGAAUGAGGUAGUCAACGCAUUCAAGGAGAAACUGAAGCAGCCAGAUUACCUUAUUGGCCUUGCUCAUAAGUAUCUAGGCAAUGAUAACUGUCUUGUGUUUACAAUGGAGCCAUCCGAGUCCUUCAACAGGGAUACUGAGUUGCGAGAGGCUGCCCGAAGAGAGAGUAUAUUGUCACGUCUAGAACACGAGGCACAAAGCUCUGAUCACGCUCUUCAACAAUUGCAGAAGCAGGAGCUGGAUCUCUUGAAUGAACAAGAAAAUAUGAAGGACGCAAAUUUGGACAGACUGCCCAGUCUUCACGUUCAGGACAUAUCAAGAGAGAUGGUCAGAAAGCCGGUAUAUACUCAAGAUCUGGCUGGCUCCCAAUCGAUAUGGAGGACAACCGAAACCAAUGGCAUCACAUAUAUCCAAGCUAAGCAUGAACUGAAUGAGCUGCCAGACGAGUUUCGACUACUACUUCCCUUGUUCACUGAGUCGUUGAUACGGUUAGGGACGAAAGACAGGUCUGUUGGCGACAUUGAAGCGGAUAUACUGCGUAAAACAGGCGGCAUAACAAUCUCACCAUACAUUCGGCCGGACCCUUGGAAUAUGGAGAAAUACGCAGAAGGCCUAACCUUCAGCAGCUACGCGCUUGACAAGAAUGUGCCGGCAAUGCUCGAUUUGCUCCGGACCCUUGUCUGUGACAUCGACUUUUCAAGCGGCCAAGCGGUGGCAGCAAUUCAAGAGCUCCUUGAAUCGAAGGUUUCCGGUGCACUUGACUCGGUUGCAGAGGCUGGCCAUCAUUUUGCUAUUACAAAUGCUUCUGCUGCUUUGUCUCCAAGAGGUCUGAUGCAGGAGCAGCUUUCGGGUCUGACACAAAUUGAGGCAUGCGCACAGUUGUUACGGGAGGCGCGUGCAAGACCGGAAAGCUUACUGGUGGUAAUUGGAAAGUUGAAAACGAUUCAAAGACUAGCAAUUUCGAACUCGUCAAAUCUCUCAUUUCGUGUUGUCUGUGAAAGCGAGGUGGCGACCGAGAAUGCUCGCCUCUUGAAUGCUUUCAAGAGUAGCCUUCCGGACCAGCAAGGAGUUGGUCAGUCUCCAGAAGCUGUACCUGGGUCUUCGUACUCGAGGAGGACAUUCUUCGACCUACCAUUCCAAGUUUCGUACACAGGUACAUGCUUACAGACUGUGCCUUAUGCUUCACCAUCCAAGGCGGCUCUCACAGUACUUGGCCAACUCCUUACGCAUAACUAUAUGCACCCGAGCAUCCGCGAAAAGGGAGGUGCAUAUGGUGCAUCUGCCAGCGCUAGUCCAGUUGGUGGACUAUUCUCAAUGUCUUCGUAUCGAGAUCCGAAUCCCCGCAACACAUUGCAGAUUAUUCAAGACGCAGGGAAAUUUGCUUUAGAAAGAGACUGGACCGCGCGUGAGCUAGAAGAAGGCAAGCUAGGUGUUUUUCAACAGAUUGAUGCACCCACAAGCGUACGAAACGAUGGCUCAAAGGAGUUCAUGUACAGUAUAACAGAAGAUAUGGACCAGAAGAUGAGAGAGCGCUUACUUGAUGUUACGAGAGACGACAUCCAGAAGGCUGCCCAGCAAUAUCUGGUAGACAUUUCCGCCGAUCAGCAGGCGGUCUGUAUACUUGGCGAGAAGAAAGAUUGGGUGGGUAAUGAUUGGGACGUCAAGCACCUACGGAUGACUGAAGGAUGA